GCGUUGACUUGAUGACACGACAAGCUAGGCGUUUUUUUUUUUGUAAAUAGUGAUUUUUUUUUCAAGCACUAGAACGUUACCUCUUUUCAAGGCUGUCAUUCAAGGAUCAUAAGGAAUCAAUACAAUACGUGCACGAUGACCGUCACAUGUUGGAUGCACUUGCUGCUGUUGUCACUGUGGUGCCAUUAUGACAUCCAGCCUGCUGCUUGUAAACCUAUGUGGAUGAUGCCGCAGUUCCCUUGUGACGUCGAGGCCUACAACACCUCUAAGAUCCUAUUUGACUGCAAAGGUCGUCGCCUGCGUAGAGUACCCUACGGGAUAACUCCUAACGCAACUGAGCUCGACUUGUCAGAAAAUUUCAUUUACAAUGUUUCGUUUCAUUCAUCUCCUGAACUGCUCAAUCUGACACUGCUCAAUCUCAGCUGGGCAAACAAGAAGCAACCAGUGAUCAUUGAUGUGAACGCAUUCAAAAAUCUGACAAAACUGUAUGAACUGAGACUACAAGGCAAUUGUCUGACCAGAAUCCCUGAGAAUCUCCCUCGCAGUGUGAGAAAGCUUGGUCUGAAUAAUAACAAAAUUAUGUUCUUGGAUAACAGCAGCCUAGCUGGUAUAACAAACGUGACACACUUAUGGUUAUCCAAAAACUGCUACAUCUGGAAUCCUUGUGGGAAGUCUGUUGAGAUUAUGGACAACAGUUUUGAGGUUAUGACCAAACUGCGAGUUCUGGACUUGUCCUAUAAUAACUUAACUAAAGUUCCCAAAGGAUUACCCAAGUCAUUAGAGGUGUUAAUGGUGGGUUCUAACAGAAUACAGGACAUAUUUGAAGAUGAUUUUUACGGGCUAACACUUUUAAAAGUCCUAAAAAUACAAGGGAACUGUCCAAGAUGUCAAAAUGCUCCGUAUCCCUGUGUUCCUUGUAAAAACAUUUCUCUUGCCAUCCAUCCUAAUGCGUUUCACAAUUUGACAAAGCUUGAGAGACUGGACAUGGGAGGAAACUCACUGAACCAAAUGAAUCCUUCCUGGUUUGAGAGGCUGACCAAUCUAAAACAAUUGUUCCUGGCAUUUAACUUCUUGCUAAAACCAAUAACUGAGGAGGCAAAAUUUCUAAGUUACCUUCCCCACCUUGAAAAACUCGAUCUCUCAUUUAACUUUGCCCUGAAGGACUAUCCCAAGACGAUAAAUCUCUCAAAAGAGUUUUCAAAACUUGUGUCACUUAAAACUUUGCAUUUAGAGGGUUUGGUCUUCCAGAGUAUCGGACCAGACACGCUCAGUCCUCUGUAUGAGCUCAAAAAUCUGUCUGUGCUGAACUUAGGCACUAACUUCAUUAUUCAGUCCAAUUCCACCGUAAUGAGUAAAUUCUCCAAAAUGAAAAUGAUAUACCUCGCGGAAAACAGGCUGUAUCCCAUACCAGUGAAGAAUCCCCCACAUCCAAGUGAGGGAUACAAUCAGAGGUCAGACCUUUCUAUUUCACCGCUCGUGAAACCCAGUUCAAAAGAUUUCCGUUUUAAGGUGUCACACAGCUUUGUCAAGGCAGAAUGCUUCAACGCCGGACGAGUGCUAAUCCUCAGCUCAAAUAAUCUCUUCUUCAUUUCUCUGAAGCAAUUUGACGGCUAUGGCGAUAUUGCAUGUCUUAACCUCUCAGGAAAUGGAUUUAGCUCAGCACUUAACGGAACAGAGUUCUCCUUGCUGCCUAAUCUGACAUACCUGGACCUGUCAUGCAAUAAGAUCGAUUUGGCCUAUGACCACGCCUUCACAGAACUAAAGAAACUAGAAGUACUAGACCUCAGUCACAAUUCUCACUACUUUGAAGCGUUUGGGGUAACCAAUAAUUUAAAUUUUACAAAAAAUCUGCCCGUCCUGAGAGUGCUGAAUAUGAGUCAUAACUCCAUUUCCAGAUUAACGACAAAACAGAUGUACAGCAAAUCAUUAAACGAGCUUCGGUUUUCGAAUAAUAAGCUCGGGAUUCUUUGGAAAGAAAGAGAUGGCUCAUAUAAGAUGCUUUUUACCAAUCUUACUAAUUUGACCAUUUUAGAUAUAUCCUACAACGGCAUCACAAAGAUCCCGGACAACAUUUAUGAAUAUUUGCCACGCAAUCUUACCAAACUAUACAUAAAUCACAACUCCCUUACUGACUUUGAAUGGAACUAUCUGAAGUUUUUCCAUCAACUUCAAACUUUAGACCUGAGCUACAAUAAGUUACGUCAUGUGAGAGGUAUAAACUCAAACUUCACCCACACUAAUCUGACGUUCCUUGACCUGAGUCAUAAUAAUAUUUUCCACUUGGACAAUGGACUUUUUAAGCAUUUAGAAAACCUUAAGGCUCUUAGCCUUAGCUACAACAAACUGACCAUCAUCAAUCAAUCCACCUUCCAAUUGGGACCAGAGAAUCAGAUCAAGACUUUGUACUUGCAGAGAAACCCGUUCCAGUGUACCUGCGAUUCACUAGAUUUCAUUUUGUGGAUUGAAGACAGUGAUAUAAAGAUCCCUCGACUGACCACUGAAGUGAUAUGUGUCACACCAGAAAACCAGAGGGGUCAAGCUCUGAUAGGUUUUGACAUUAACCAGUGUGUAAAUGACAGCGAGGCGUUGUUGAUCUACAUUCUCACGCAUGCCUGCAUUGGUAUUUUUAUGUUUGUGACAACUGUUGCUCACUUGUUUUACUGGGACGCCUCCUAUGUCCUGCACUAUAUGAAAGCUAAGAUGAAGGGAUACAGCCCCUUGAGCUCGCCAGACAGUGCUUAUGAUGUCUUUGUGACUUACGACACCACAGACCCGCAUGUUUCUGAGUGGGUGAUGAGGAAUCUGCGAGUGAAACUAGAAGAGGAAGGAGAGAAGCAUCUUCCUCUGUGUCUGGAAGAGAGGGAUUGGCCUCCUGGAGUCCCGUUGGUGGAUAACCUCACUCAGAGCAUCCGAUACAGCCACAAGACGCUGUUUGUCUUAACGGAGGGCUACGUCAAGACCGGGGUUUUCAAGCUGGCGAUGUAUCUGGCCCACCAAAGACUGCUGGAUGAAAACGUGGAUGUGAUCGUGCUGCUGAUGUUGGAGCCCGUGCUGCAGCACUCUCACUUCCUGCGCCUGAGGAGGAGGCUGUGCGGGAAAAGUGUCGUGGAGUGGCCGAGAACGGCGGCCGCAGAGCCCUGGUUUUGGCAAAACCUGAGGAAUGUGGUCAGAGUGGACAAUCAGGCCAUGUACAACAAGGCUUAUUCAAAGUACUUCACAAGCAAGUGAAGCAGAAGCUGGAUAAAGUGUCUGGAGAUGAACCGUAACUUUACUACGUGGAUGAUAAUAUUUGAAAGCUUGUUUUUUAAAUCAUUGUUUUAUAUCAUAACUGAUGCAUGACUCCUCCGGGAGCUUAAAAGAAUACAAUUAUGUGUGUAAUGUAAUGUGAUUUGUGUGCAGAUAUUACACUGUGUGAAUAAAUCAAACCAUUUCAAAACUGGA